UGGACUGGCUCCAACACGCACAACAACGGCAACCCCGCUGGCGACGGUCAGGCUGGUGAUGCCGGCGAAGGCACUGGUGGCACGGACCGCAGCAGCUUUGUUGCCGCGUGCUCUGCCUCGGACAACUACCCCAUCCCGCUGGACAAGAGCGUCAACGACGUGUGCAACAUCCACAAGAAGAUUGACUGCUUUGACAUCAAGUCGAACGCCAUGGGCGGCAACUCGAACGGCCUCUCGGUCAACUGCGCUCUCGCCCUUGCCACGUCUGGCUACUACCGCUCUGUCACUGACGUCAACACGAAGGACCAAAUGAACGAGCUGCUGAACAACGCGCCUGCCUCGUUCGUCCAGGGCGUUGUCAUUGCCUUCAAGGACGCGCCUGCUCGGUCCACUGCCUACCACUACUUUAGCUCUCGCAACAACAACUUCACCAACCGAAGCCAGAAGGGUGCUAUCAUUGUCCUGCCCGACAACUAA